UCAUGUUCGAGACCUUCAACACUCCUGCCAUGUACGUGGCCAUCCAGGCCGUGCUGUCGCUGUAUGCUUCUGGUCGUACCACAGGUAUUGUGAUGGACUCUGGUGACGGUGUCAGCCACACCGUGCCCAUCUACGAGGGCUACGCUCUGCCUCACGCCAUCCUCCGUCUGGAUCUGGCCGGCAGAGAUCUGACAGACUACCUGAUGAAGAUCCUGACAGAGCGAGGCUACAGCUUCACCACCACUGCCGAGCGUGAGAUCGUGCGUGACAUCAAGGAGAAGCUCUGUUACGUGGCUCUGGACUUUGAGCAGGAGAUGCAGACAGCAGCUUCCUCUUCCUCCCUGGAAAAGAGCUACGAGCUUCCUGACGGACAAGUCAUCACCAUCGGCAAUGAGCGGUUCCGCUGUCCCGAGGCGCUCUUCCAGCCUUCGUUCCUUGGUAUGGAGUCGGCUGGUAUCCACGAGACGACCUACAACAGCAUCAUGAAGUGUGACGUGGACAUCCGUAAGGACCUGUACGCCAACACUGUGCUGUCCGGUGGCACCACCAUGUACCCCGGCAUCGCCGACCGCAUGCAGAAAGAGAUCACUGCCCUGGCCCCGCCCACCAUGAAAAUUAAGAUUAUCGCUCCCCCCGAGAGGAAGUACUCCGUCUGGAUCGGCGGCUCCAUCCUGGCCUCUCUCUCCACUUUCCAGCAGAUGUGGAUCAGCAAGCAGGAGUACGAUGAGUCCGGCCCCACCAUCGUCCACCGCAAGUGCUUCUAAAACGCUUCCAUGCUCCGCCCCCUCCGCCCGUGCAAGAUUCGCCGUACUUCCACUGUCCCAGCUAGAUGUGUCUGGUUUGUCUCGCAUGGACACGCCUGAAGAUGCUGUGAAUAUGAGGACUCUGGUUUUAGUGUUACAGUACAAGUUUCACUUAAACGGCAUUUAAAACAACUUAGCAAUUCUAGUCCAGUUUGAGGAAAGUUGGUUUGAGCUGUUGCAAACUGUUAGACAAAAAGUUCCACUGCAUCUCUCUGGUCAAAUAACCUGUCAUAAAACUCUACAAACUGUUCAGGUAAAUCUUUCAAUAAAAUGUCAUUUAUUUACUUAA